AUGGCUUAUAAGAGCAACUCAUUUUUUAUUCUCUCUGUUGUCUUCUUCUUAUGCCUAUCAUGGAGUACAAAUACGGGAGAAGCUCGACAGCCCUUCGCAUGCGACCCGCAAAACCCGCUCACAAAGAGCUUGAAGUUUUGUAGUGCAUCGCUUCCCAUACAAAAAAGAGUGGAUGACUUAAUCGGACGAUUAACGUUGGAGGAAAAGAUCAAGCUGCUGGUGGAUAAUGCAACAGCUGUGCCACGGCUCGGCAUUCAAAGCUAUGAGUGGUGGUCUGAGGCUCUCCAUGGUGUCUCGAAUGUGGGUCCCGGAACUAACUUUGGUGGGGACUUCCCUGGGGCAACUAGCUUCCCUCAAGUCAUCACCACCGCUGCUUCAUUCAAUGAGUCAUUGUGGGAGCAAAUCGGACAGGUUGUGUCUGAUGAAGCAAGAGCAAUGUACAAUGGAGGAGCGGCUGGUCUAACAUACUGGAGCCCAAAUGUGAAUGUACUUCGUGACCCUCGUUGGGGGAGAUGCCAAGAGACUCCCGGUGAAGACCCUUUCUUGUCGGCCAAAUAUGCUGCUAGAUAUGUCAUGGGACUCCAAGGUAAUGCAGAGGGAGAUCGUCUCAAGGUUGCUGCAUGUUGCAAACAUUACACUGCAUACGAUCUUGAUAAUUGGAAUGGCAUUGACCGCUACCAUUUCAAUGCCAGGGUUAGCAAGCAGGAUCUAGAGGAAACAUAUAAUGUACCAUUCAAAGGUUGUGUGGGGGAAGGGAAAGUUGCGAGUGUAAUGUGCUCAUAUAAUCAGGUGAAUGGAAAGCCCACCUGUGCUGAUCCUGAUCUCCUUAAGAACACAAUUCGUGGUGAAUGGCAGCUCAAUGGGUAUAUUGUCUCGGAUUGUGAUUCCGUAGAUGUCCUAUAUAAGUAUCAAAACUAUACUAGAACACCACAAGAAGCAGCUGCAGUAUCUAUUAAAGCAGGUCUAGAUUUGGACUGCGGGGUAUUUUUAUCAGACCAUACAGAAGAGGCUGUAAAAGCAGGACUGGUAAGUGAGAAUGACUUGAACAAUGCCUUGGUUAACACAAUCAGUGUCCAGAUGAGACUGGGAAUGUUUGAUGGUGAACCAUCAGCACAUCCAUUCGGCAAUUUAGGUCCUAAAGACGUUUGCACGAAAGACCAUCAACAACUAGCUCUUGAGGCAGCCCGUCAAGGAAUUGUUCUGCUUAAAAAUCGUCGAAAGACCCUUCCACUCUCCAGACGUCAAAAAACUGUAGCUGUCAUUGGGCCCAAUUCUAAUGUCACUGAUACCAUGAUAGGAAACUAUGCUGGUGUUCCAUGUGGUUACAUCACACCUUUACAAGGCAUUCAAAAGUACAGUCAGACCAUCCACCAACCAGGAUGCACCAAUGUUGCUUGCAAUGAUGAUCAACAGUUCGAACUAGCAGAGGCUGCAGCUCGACAGGCUGAUGCCACAGUACUAGUAAUGGGGCUUGACCUGUCCAUUGAAGCAGAGUCUAGGGAUAGAACAGGUUUGCUUUUACCAGGAGACCAACAAGAGCUUGUAUAUAGAGUGUCCAGGGCUUCCAAAGGCCCAACCAUAUUGGUUUUGAUGUCUGGUGGUCCAAUUGAUGUGUCAUUUGCCAAGAAAGAUAAACAUAUCGAUGCAAUUCUUUGGGUUGGAUAUCCUGGUCAAGCUGGUGGAGCUGCCAUUGCUGAUGUUCUCUUUGGAACUACCAAUCCAGGAGGAAAGCUUCCAAUGACAUGGUACCCAGAGAGCUACCUAGCCAAGGUACCAAUGACUAAUAUGCAAAUGAGAGCAAACCCAAAAAGAGGCUACCCAGGCAGAACUUACCGAUUCUAUAAAGGUCCUGUUGUUUUCCCUUUCGGCUAUGGGUUGAGUUUUACCACUUUUGACACGAAACUAGUCCAAGCUCCAUCUCAGCUUUCCCUGCCCAUUUCUGCCACACUAACCGACUCAACCACUUUAAGCACUACCUAUGCCCUAAGUCUCACCCACACCAACUGCAAUUCACUUUCAUUGCCACUCCAUAUCGAUGUCAAGAACAAUGGAACCGUAGAUGGGACACACACCCUUCUUGUCUUCUCCACCCCACCUGCCGGAACAUGGUCGGCCAACAAGCAUUUGGUGGGUUUCCAGAAGGUUCAUGUUGCUGUUGGGUCUGUGCAAAGGGUUACGGUGGAUGUUGAUGUGUGCAAACACCUUAGUGUUGUCGACAAGUCUGGGGUUCGAACAAUUCCAUUGGGUGAACAUCAAAUUCAUAUCGGAGGAGAUGGAGUUGGAGAUCUCAAGCAUUCGAUCUCUUUGCAUGCGGGUUCAACAAAUAUUAAGUCUUAG